AUGCCCAUGGGAAAGUUGGCUAAAUGGCAGAUGCUACUAAGUGAAUUCGACAUCAUAUACGUAGCGCAAAAGGCAAUCAAAGGACAAGCCUUAGCUGACUUGCUAGCUGAAACCCCUAUCGAUGACGAGUUUGAACAUUUAUGGAAUUUCUUCCCAGAUGAGGAAGCAAUGGCCAUGGAAGAAGAGGUGACAGAACCAUACUCAGGUUGGAGACUGUUCUUCGAUGAAUCAGUCAAUUACAAAAGGCCAGGCAUCACGGUGGUGUUAAUAUCCGAAACAAGACAACACUAUCCGAUGGCCGCAAAGCUCAACUUCAGGUGUACCAACAACAUGGCGGAGUAUGAAGCAUGUGUCCUCGGCCUCAGGAUGGCAUUGGACAUGAACAUACAAGAGUUGUUGCACCCCGAGAGUGCUCACAUUGACCCUCUGGAGAUUAGACAAAGAGAAGAACAGCCUCACUGCGCCCACGUCGAGGCCGAGCCAGAUGGCCAACCAUGGUAUGCCGAUAUCAAGACAUACCUAGAGAAGAGAGAGUACCCCCCAGAGAGUUCAGCAAAUCAGAAGAAGACCAUCAAGAGGUUGGCUAAUGGUUUCUUCCUGAACAAAGAAAUAUUGUACAAAAGGACACCUAACCUUGGGUUACUCAGAAGUGCCAUCAGUGCCAGAUACACGGAGAUCUGA